AUGGCCGACAGGACGGGCAGCUAUGGUACAAAAAAGGGCCAUCGGGCGAUCUGGGGUCAGGAGACCGAGCACAGCUUGAUAGAAAUAUGGCAGGAGCACCAGUGUCUGUUCGACGUGUCCAGUUCUCAGUAUCACAACCGAGUGGAGAAGGAGAAGGCGUGGAGGGAGAUUGCUAAAUGUCUCCAGCAGCCAGUUCAGGAGGUGAAGACCAGGGCCACGUCGCUCCGCACCCAGUACUCCAGGCUCAUAAAGCCAAAGCCCAACGGGGGCGAGAUCAAACCUCUGACCCCGAGGCAACAGUGGCUCAUCAGGGCGAUGGACUUCAUCAAACCAUAUAUUGUGCAUCGUCCAUGUGAGACCGCUGUUGAAGUGUCGCUCUGUGAGCUGGACGACUCUGAGGAGCAGGAGGAUCAUUCAGACUCAUUUGAAUCAGCACUCCUGUCGAGACCUGAGACUCCAGAAACCCUGAUGCCCCGGGUGCUACGCUCCGCCUCCUCCUGCGAGUUGUCGGACGAAGGGGCUUCCCCGACGAGGGAACCUGCCCAAUCGGCUUCAAGGGGAGUCAAGCGCAAGGCAAGAACAGAGGACAUCGAGCUGCAGAAGCUUUUGGUUUUAAAACAAAUGGCGGCGAAAGUUGAAGCCGAUCACGCAGAUGGGUUUACAACUUUUGGUAACCAGGUGGCAUCCGAACUCCGCCUGAUCAAAGACCCAGCAAAUCUCACAAGACUGAAAAGGCGAAUCGUCAACAUGAUAUACGACACCCAGGACUCUGAAAGGCAGCAGCCGCCAGCGGCACACAAAUACAAACAGAACACCACGCCUACGCCACUGGUUCAGUCCAAGUCCUAGUGUUUUCAACCACCUUAUAACUGUGUUAUAUUCUUUACUUUAAUACUUUAUAUUAAUGCUCAAGUGUUUUAUUUUCUAUUUGAGUCUAUACAUCAUGUUUGCUCUUUGUGUCACUUUUAUUACUCCAUUUACUUUGACAAUAUAUACAAUUACAAGAAUAUUCUUUCUACUUGACCUUUAUACAAAGUACACACCAUUUAUUUUAAUUCCACAGCUUUAUUUGAUUAACACAAUGGCUGUGUUCAAAUUGUGCAAAAUGUGCAUACACACAACAAAAAGGCCAACAUGUUGCAGAGAGUUACUCGGUGGUUUAGGCUAAACGUGUCCCUCCUGCCAGGGGACGAAGCCAGCAGGGGACACAAAGUAGUCACUCAGAAGGUUUCUUUGCUGCUCUGCUGUAACCGUGGGGUCACACGGCUGUCUGCUCUCCACCGGCUGUAAAUUCCCUGUGCCGUGAUUUCUCCAGGCGCCAUCGACAAUCACGUGAUCGGUGGUCUGCCAGUCAGCGAAGCCAGGAGGUGCGUAGGCCUCAGAUCUGCGCUCGCACAGGAAAUUGUGGAUGCAAAGGGAGGCCAGGGUUAUUUUCACCACCUUCUCUGGCUCCAGGCAGAUUGUGGACCUGAGGACCCUCAGCCUGUUCACCAGAAUCCCAAAGGCGUUUUCUGCCACCCUCCGUGCCCUCGUCAGCCGGAUAUUCAGGACCCGGUGAGAGUGGUCCACCUGCUGUGCAGGGUACGUCUUCAUGAGGUAAUUCCGUAGAGGGUACGUGUCAUCACCGACGAACAUGUACGGCAUCAGCACGUGUGAGUUGGGCAAAGGGUCAGGUCGAGGAAAGUUGAGCAGGCCCCGGUCCAUCUCUCUACGGAGAUCCGAGUCUUCGAACAGUCCAGUGUCUCUCUCUGCUCUGCGUAGCCACUCUUGCAUAGAUAAAUUUGUAGUCCGCGUCCACAGCCGCCAUCAACACCAGCGACAAGUUGCCCUUGUAGUUGUGGUAAAGGCUGCUAUUUCUUCCUGGAGGUUGAAUGUGGAUAUGUUUGCAUUCCAGCGCCCCAAGGCAAUGUGGAAAGUGCCAUUUCGAAUCAAAGUCCUGGGCUACUGUCCGCCAUUCUGCCGCUGUUGAUGGUGUCUAGUAAUGGAAGGAAAGAACAGUUGCAUUAUUGAUAGUCAUAAAAUGAAAUUGUAUUGUGGAUUCUACAUUUGUUAUUGUUGAAACAGCCUUUCUACUUAUCAUGAUGCAAACUCUGGAGAUCCACUGAUGUUUUCGAAAUGGAAAUCAGGGAUUAUUGUUUUCAUUUUUGAUAUAUGAACCUAAAAACUAGGGCUAAUAACACUUGGUGUGUAGAUGUAAGACUUUUAAAGUAAGAUUUCAAGUCCACUGUUGCAUUGUGGGAAAUCUGGACAGUCCAUUUAGCCAGAGGUGCUUACCUUCAGGAAGUCUUUCUUCAUGACCCGGUGCAGAGCAGCACAGGUCUCCAUGAUGAUCUGUGAAAUCGUGCUGGUUCCAAUCCUGUACUGCAACCGCAGAGACUUGAAGGUUUCUCCUACGUUAGAAAAUAAAUAAUUAAACAGAGCUCAGAAACAGACACUGAACAGCAACAGAGUGUAACAGUGACCGUCCUCUUUUAGAACGGCUUCUGUUGAACGAACGCAUUGUUGCCACCAUAAUAAUCAAGGUGGAGGAAAACAUUUCCAUGGUAAAAACAAGCUGCACCAAUCACAGCCGUCAAUAUUACACCCGAGGAUUGUGGGCUUAUAUCAUACAGACUUGUGGCUUCUACAGGAGCAGAUAACAAUGUUUCACGGUCUCCUGCCUUGCGCUAAGUCCACAUUGGAUAGUUGCAUAUUGUGGCUGAUAAUCAAAAUCUAUAUUCAGAUAAUUAUUGGGAUUUUUACUUCCAGAUCUACUAUUGGUGACAAUCUGCGACCAAAUCUUUGCCACCCAGAGGAUGGGGGGGGGGGGGAAGAAGCCGUCCCACACAUCAUAUCUCUGUCAGCAGCAUCACAUCAUUCGUCCUCAAGCAGAAGAUGAAAUAGAUCUAAAUCACAUUUUCAUUUUAUUUAUUUACUUGUGAGUUGUCUCAGCUGUGAUUUUUGUUUGUU